UAUAAACUUGACCCACCUAUUGUUCCUAUUUCUCUCACGUUUUUCGUUAUUUCCUUCCUUCCUUGCUCCUUUCUUCUUUCUUCCUUUCUCGCAAGUGUUAGUGCUUGUUGAUUAAUUACAUCAGAAGGACUUUGCUUGUUACAAGUAACCAAGGGCAACUUUCAUGUCUGAAUUCGAAACAAACAUCCCAAGUGCUUUUGAUCCCUUUGCUGAGGCAAAUGCUGAGGACUCAGGUGCUGGGACGAAAGAGUAUGUUCAUGUUCGUGUACAACAACGUAACGGAAGGAAAAGCCUAACAACUGUUCAAGGAUUAAAGAAAGAGUAUAGCUACAGCAAAAUACUAAAAGACCUGAAGAAAGAAUUCUGCUGCAAUGGUACUGUUGUUCAAGACCCUGAGUUGGGCCAGGUUAUACAACUUCAGGGAGAUCAAAGAAAGAAUGUUUCUACUUUCCUUGUGCAGGCUGGCAUAGUGAAGAAAGAACAUAUCAAGCUUCAUGGUUUCUAAGAUCCAAGAACAGUGGCAUCAAGAUUGAAUAUGAGCAUCAGCUUCUUAUAAAUCUGAAUUCAAGCAAUUUUUAGUGACAUCAAGAUUCUGUUAUAUCGUAGCUAGAGUCAUAUGUAAUCUUCUGUGGUAUUGUUUACCAGUGUUCUGGAAAGUUACUGCUGAGGGAUAAAUAGUAAGGAUAAUGUCUAUAUCUAAGACAAUUGUCCUGAAUAAAUUUGUGAUUAUUCUUCCC